AUGUUUGCGAUUCUGUUGGGACCGGAGAACUUCAACCUUUUGGUGGAGGGAAGUGACUCACUGCGUCUGCUUAACCUGGUGGCAGAUUCCGGUUUUUACUUCUUCCCUAUAUUUACCGCAUAUAGUGCUUCUAAAAAGUUUGGUGCAAAUCCGGUUCUUGCCUUGCUGCUGUCUGGAAUUAUGAUUCAUCCAGAAAUUCUCGGUAUUGUAGAAGCGGGUCAACCGUUUUCCAUCUUUGGUAUCCCGAUGCAGCUGGUUAACUAUACUAAGGCUGUACUUCCUAUUAUCCUGAUUGUCUGGAUCAUGGCUGGCGUUGAAAAGUGGUUGCAGAAGGUCAUACCUGAUAUGCUGCGUAUUGUCGCUAUCCCAGUUCUAACUAUGUUCAUCAUGUUGCCACUUGCGUUUUGUGUCCUAGGUCCCUUAAGCGAUAUCGUUAUGGGAUAUGUAGCAGAUUUCAUCGUCUGGUUGGCCGAUGUUGCUGGGCCACUUGCCACUGCUGUAAUUGGAGCCACUUGGGCUUUAAUCAUCGCAACCGGUAUGCAUGUACCUAUUUUUACAGCGAUGUUACCCGCCAUAAUAACGGUUGGUUAUGACCCGAUCCUCUACCCAGGCACCCUGGCACAGGCUUAUGCGAUCAUGGCGCUUGCACUCGUCUAUGCCCUACGUGCCAAAUCAAAGGAGAACAAGGAACUUGGCUGGAGCACAUUCUCUACCUAUAUGCUGGGCAGAGCGGCCUUG